GCUCUCGAUUGAUAGCAUGCGCCUCCCAUUCUUGGCGGCUAUAGCAUGGGCCACUGGAAACGAAGCCUGGCCAAGCCAGCAGAAAAUCCAACAUGACAGCCUCUAAUAUCUAUCGGGUAGCAGGGCUCGGAACGAGUGAUUUAGUCCGGAAAUUGUGACGCGAAAAUGCAUUAACUCUAUGGGAAUCCUGACAGUGCAUUUGUGAAGUCCGGAAUAUCCAACAAGUCUGCAUCUUUGGAGUCCGAAAAAUCCAUCAACAACUGUAGUUUAAAAAGUAAACUACUAUUUCUGUGCCAUGUUUGACCAAUGAAUUUCAUUUAUACUACUUUUCUUUCGCAGUGCCUGCAGCGAAGGAGAAGCCACCAAUCUAUGUGGUGGGUGAUGUUGGUGGCCGCAUUGCCAUCAUGGUGGAUGACAUGGUGGAUGACGUGCAGUCCUUCGUGGUGGCUGCCGUAGUGUUGAAUGAGCGUGGUGCCUACAAGAUCUAUGUGCUGGCCACCCACGUACUCCUCUCCAGCGAUGCUCCGCAGCUCAUCGAAAACUCUCCAAUCGAUGAGGUGGUGGUGACCAACACGGUUCCGCACGAAGUGCAGAAGAUGCAGUGCCACAAGAUCAAGACGGUGGACAUUAGCGUGCCUGUCCGAGGCCAUCCGGCGCAUCCACCACAAGGGGUCCAUGUCCUACCUCUUCCGAAACGUCACGCUCGAGGACUGAGCACACCUGGGAGUUUGGUUUUCAGAUGGUGAUAUACCAGGUGCAGAAGACUUCAUCACUCGCAUUGGGUGCAUUCAACGGAUUAUCUCCUGGUUGAAAAGGACCGCCGUUUGUAAAGCCCAGCUUCAACAGUACAAGAAGCAGCCAUUUUUGAAUUUUUAUGCCUUAUUUCUUUCGUUACAUUUAUUCUAUUUGUCAAAAUUACGUUCGAUUUUUGAUAGGCAGUGCUUCCUGACGAUGUAAAUGCCGUCUUCACCUAUGUUCAGCUGUGAAAUGUGCACAGCACUUUCGUCGCAGAAGAACUAGAGGUUUUUUGAUCUCAAGAUGCAUUGCUUGUCGAAGCGGUAUUGCAUCAUGUGCCGUGAUGAAAAAUGUCACGAAAGCACUAUGUGGAUGCUGAUGAUUGGCUCAAAGUGGCCAAAUUAUUUGCGAGUGGGAAACCACGCUUCCUCCUAUUUUACUUAUUUUGAAAGUUGCAUCAGUUCAGUGCUUCACACAUAUAUAAAUGAUUUAACUUACUGUUUACCACCUCUUAAAAGCACUUCGAUUUCUUGUUUCACAUAUUCUUGGGACUAUCUUUAACCAAUGCAGUUGCUGUGUUCUUCAGCUGCUGUCCGAACUGCGUAAAGGUUUUUGACGGUAGCAAUUCGACACAGAUGGUUUCUCGCACUUUUCUUAAACCUGAUGAACAGUUAACGGGUAUGGGCACACUUUCAGGAUAUCUAAAUAUUUUCUUCUGCAAGAGGUUGUUCGAACUUCAGAUGUCACUUGCAUUGUGUUUUAACCCAUGCAUUUUUUAGUGUCAGUACUUGCUUUGUCUGUGAAACUUGUGUUCAGAAGCUGUUUAAGUUGGGCCAGUUGGUACAUAUUCGUAAUUGGAAUGGUGGAAGCAACGUGAAAUAAUGCAGACAGAGGGCCAGAGAAACCAAGACAAGCGCGGCACUAACAACUGAAGUUCAUUGAAGCAAAAUGUUAUAAAUAUUCGAAAAUGUAUAAUACCACAGAGUGCACUGUGCAAACUGUUUGAGGCUGGAUGGGGUUCU